UCUCUUAAAUACUAGUGCAUAAGGCUUGAACAAACAAUAUGACUUCUACUAAGAGAUCUGUGCGUCAAUCUCACAAAAAGCCGGUUACCCACGAGGUUAAGGACGUCGAAUCGGGCGUACCUUUACGUACGCUGGAGAGCAUUUACGAUUCCAAACAUAUGUUUUUCUCGCAGGAAGAUUUCCAAGGCUGGUAUGAAGAAAUGUGGUCCGCUUCAGACAUUAAACAGAAAUCUAAAAUGCAGUUGUCACGCACAACGCUACUACGCUUAGACUAUCUGCAGUUUAAGGCCGCACGUACUAUACAAAAAUACCUACGCCGUUGGUAUUAUCAGCGUAUCUACCAACGUAAACGUACCGCGGCCAUACGCUUACAAUUUGAGUGGCGCAAAUUCUACAGAAGACAUAAUACAUAUCGUAAGCUGGAGGAGGAAACUCAAGCGGUAGUCGAGCAAUAUUAUUUCCGGCAAGCGCAGAAGAUACAAGCGCUGUGGCGAGGUUGGUACACACGUCAAUACAUACACGAUCACAGCCAAUUAUUGAAGUCGCAAGUUUUAACCGCCGAAGAGCUACUGCAGUGUGUGGCCUUCAAGUUACACCAUAUGAUGCGUACCUAUCAAAUACCCGGUGUUUAUUCGUUGAGGAACUCACACUGUCUCUCGAAAGUUGAAAAACUGCUAGCAGCCAUGUCCUUCAAGCAGCAUAAUAAAUAUGUGCGACAACUGCGCGCCAAGCUGGAGAAUCAGACAAAUAUUGCGCGCAAAAAGUUUGAGCAUUCCUCUUACAAUACAUUGAUACCAUAUCCGGGACCUAAUGUACAUGGUUAUUGCGAUCCGAAAUGUGAAAUUUUGGAAAAAUCUAAGGAUGUGGAUCGUCGUAUGUACAAUAUCUUAAAUAUGUACGAACAAGCCGCCAAAGCCCAAUUACGUGACAAGCAUCGAGCGGUGAAAAAAAGACGCAGGUCCGUCGAACGAAAAGAGAAGAAAGCCACGGGCUCCGCCAAAUCAAAGAUUGCUCCACGCAAGCCAUCUAUAGUGGAAAAGAAAACCGAUUUCUGUGAGGAUAUUGUAAAUAGCAUGAAGCGUUGGAGUAUCUUGAGAGAUAACAAUGUCACUGUAGAUCCGGAUAUCUUUCGACGUCCGGAGAUGUUGGAGAAUUUCUUGCAUGAAAUCGAGUCCAUAUAUAAUAUGAUGCAGGAGCAUUGUCAUUGUAAAAUUAAAAUUCUAGAACAAUUAUGCCACUGAAAACGUAAGAAGCAGAGAGCGAAGGAGCAGACGAGGUGCAAUGUAGAU